UACUGAGAGUGUGUGUUUCACCUUUAUUGGCUGUUCUAUCUGUAUGACCCUACGAUUUGACUAAGAUACUCUAGUUCACUCGCAUUUAAGUCAUUUCAUUGCGACUACAACGGAUUCAAGGAGAAUGGUUUGUCAAAGCAAGCUUGUUGGGGAAGAUGCAAGAAAAGACAAUCCACACGAGUUUCUACGGGGGUGAGCUUUUGAAUUGUACUUAAGCAGAUCGAUUUUCUCAAAACCUGGGACCAGGAAAAGAAAGGUUAUUGGCAACCAAAAAUGUGAACUAACUGCACACAUUUAAUGACUCUUGGAUAUUAUGAAUCUGCAGUGUCCAGUUAACGCUCCAUCCUCAAGCUUCUCGUGUAUAAAACAAAGCAAAGACGAUACUCCUUGGAUAAGCAGAUGGAAUUUCCAGUGUAGGUGCAGGUGUGGUGUGCAUGUUUGUCACCAGCUGGUUGCCGCUCGGCUCUUUUCGUGUCUGUUCGCCCUCUCAUUAACAUUUCUCACUUGUGGGGUGUGAUGCUGAAAGGCUCCCCGACGCGCCGAGCGGAGACGAGCAGUGUCCCUGUGCGUUCACAGGCGGUAUCAGCUGCCAGCAGGAGGGUAGCGACGAGGAGGAGCGGAAAAAGAGACGGUAGACAGUGCAGGAGACCAUUCCUUCACUGCUGGUACCCUUUCACUGCUAGCCACCUGCAGAAAAACGAUCAUUUACUGAAGAUUAUUUUUGUUUUCUCCCAAAAGCGGAAGAUCUCAGUAUGUCUCGGAUCUAAUAUAUCCUGAGAAAACGAGGAAUAUCAGACUCCCUGGUGGAUGUGGACACCUAAACCGUGGACAUGGAAAAGAUAGUGAAUUUAUCCUUUUCAGUUUUGCUGGUUUUAUGGGGAUGCGCGCUUGGAGGCUCACCCAGUGUUCAGAUUGGGGGACUCUUUCCAAGAGGCGCGGAUCAAGAGUACAGCGCAUUUCGGAUAGGAAUGGUUCAGUUUGUCACCUCAGAAUUCAGACUGACGCCUCACAUUGACAAUUUGGAAGUGGCGAACAGUUUUGCUGUUACCAACUGUUUCUGUUCACAGUUCUCAAGAGGAGUGUAUGCCAUUUUCGGAUUUUAUGACAAGAAGUCUGUAAACACCAUCACGUCAUUCUGUGGGACGCUCCAUGUCUCCUUCAUAACGCCCAGCUUCCCUCUGGAUGGGACUCAGCAGUUCAUCAUCCAGAUGAGACCUGACAUCAAGGGGCCUCUCCUCAGCCUUAUCGAAUACUACAAGUGGGACAAGUUUGCCUACCUGUACGACAGCGAUCGAGGCCUGACAACGCUUCAAGUUGUUCUGGACACAGCAGCAGAGAAGAAGUGGCAGGUGACAGCAAUCAAUGUGGGGAACCUGAAAGAUGAGAGGAAGGAUGAAGCCUACCGCUCUCUGUUCCAAGACCUGGAGAACAAGAAGGAGAGGAGGGUGAUCCUAGACUGUGAACAGGAUAAAGUCAAAGACAUCAUGGACCAGGUCAUCACAAUUGGCAGACACGUUAAAGGCUACCACUACAUUAUAGCCAAUCUGGGUUUCGUUGAUGGAGAUCUAUCCAAAAUCCAGUAUGGCGGCGCCAACGUGUCCGGCUUUCAGAUUGUUGAUUUUGAUGAUCCUCUGGUGUCCAAGUUUGACCAGAGAUGGGAAGCCCUGGAAGAAAAGGAGUAUCCCGGUGCUGACAGUAAAAUAAGGUACACAUCAGCGCUGACCUACGAUGCCGUGCAGGUGAUGAUGGAAGCCUUUCGCUACCUGCACAAGCAACGCAUUGACUUCACCAGGAGGGCCAACAAUGGUGACUGCCUAGCCAACCCCGCAGUACCCUGGGCUCAGGGAGUGGAGAUAGAGCGAGCACUCAAACAGGUGCACGUUGAAGGCCUGACAGGAAACAUCCAGUUUGAUCAACAUGGCAAGAGAGUCAACUACACAGUGAAUGUAAUGGAAUUAAAGACUAAUGGUCCUGUGAAGAUUGGAUAUUGGAAUGAGGUGGACAAAAUGGCUGUGACCAAAUCUGAUGUCUUUUCAAAUGAAACAACAGGAAUGGAAAACAAAACUGUUAUUGUCACCACCAUCUUGGAAGCUCCAUAUGUAAUGCUGAAAAAGAAUGCUGACCUUUUUGUAGACAAUGAACGCUACGAGGGAUACUGUGUAGAUUUGGCUGCUGAGAUAGCAAAGCACUGUGGUUUCAAAUAUCAACUGAAAAUAGUGGGGGAUGGGAAAUAUGGUGCUAGAGAUGCAGAGACCAAAAUCUGGAAUGGGAUGGUUGGAGAGUUGGUGUAUGGGAAAGCAGACAUCGCAGUGGCUCCUCUGACCAUCACUUUGGUACGAGAAGAGGUGAUCGACUUCUCCAAACCCUUCAUGUCUCUGGGAAUCUCCAUCAUGAUCAAGAAGCCUCAGAAAUCUAAACCUGGAGUCUUUUCUUUCUUGGAUCCGCUGGCCUAUGAGAUCUGGAUGUGUAUUGUUUUUGCCUACAUCGGUGUCAGCGUGGUGCUUUUCCUUGUGAGCCGCUUCAGCCCAUAUGAGUGGCACACUGAGGAAUACGAGGACGGACAGAUCCAGACCAAUGAGUCGACUAAUGAGUUUGGCAUAUUCAACAGCCUGUGGUUUUCCCUUGGAGCCUUUAUGCGACAAGGCUGUGACAUCUCACCUAGAUCUCUGUCUGGGCGCAUUGUUGGUGGUGUGUGGUGGUUCUUCACUUUAAUCAUCAUCUCCUCCUACACGGCUAACCUGGCUGCUUUUCUGACUGUUGAGAGGAUGGUUUCUCCCAUUGAAAGCGCAGAGGACCUGGCUAAACAGACUGAGAUAGCCUAUGGGACUUUGGACUCUGGCUCCACUAAAGAGUUUUUUAGGCGCUCAAAAAUUGCCCUCUUUGACAAAAUGUGGACAUACAUGCGCAGCGCAGAGCCUUCUGUGUUUGUGAAAACCACAGCUGAGGGGGUUCUGAGGGUCCGCAAAUCCAAGGGCAAGUACGCCUACCUGCUAGAGUCCACCAUGAAUGAGUACAUUGAGCAGCGAAAGCCCUGUGACACCAUGAAGGUGGGAGGCAACCUGGAUUCCAAAGGCUACGGGAUUGCCACGCCGAAAGGAUCCUCAUUAAGAACGCCAGUAAACCUUGCAGUAUUGAAACUCAGUGAACAAGGCAUCUUAGACAAGCUGAAAAACAAAUGGUGGUACGAUAAGGGUGAAUGUGGAUCCAAGGACUCUGGAAGUAAGGAGAAGACGAGCGCCCUCAGCCUGAGCAACGUGGCUGGGGUCUUCUACAUUCUGGUCGGAGGACUCGGUUUGGCCAUGCUGGUGGCCUUGAUUGAGUUCUGUUACAAGUCCCGAGCCGAGGCGAAACGAAUGAAGAUGACCUUUGGGGACGCCAUGAGGACCAAAGCAAGACUUUCAGUCACUGGGAGUACUGGGGAGAAUGGUCGGGUGAUGACUCCAGAGUUUCCUAAAGCUGUCCAUGCUGUCCCUUAUGCGAGACCUGACAUGGGACUAAACGUCAGCCUAACAGAUCUGUCCUGAUCAAUGAGAAACUUCUGAGUGCCUUACAGUGGUUUCAAUAGAACGUUUUUGGUUUUUUUGUUCUGGCGCUUUUUCUGUCUCUGUGUGGUGAAAAUGGAAAAGUAGGAGAUGGAAACUUCAUUUGGUCGCUCACAAAGACUUGUGUUGUUGCUCUCUAAUUUUCACCACAUAAAACGCCUCCAUCUCUGCGUGGAAUUAAAUCUCAGAGAAUAAAAAUGGAGGCCUCUUUUUUCUAAACUGAUGCCACCACGCUUUCUGAUCUGUCUGUCUGGACUGGACUGAGAUGGAAAUGAGGGCUUGAUUGACUGCAACUGCUGAGUUUCAAUGAUCUCAGCUGUGUGUGUGCGUGUGAAGAGCGUGGGCACAUGUGCGUCAGGGGAAGAGUCAUCAAAAACAUACUGUCUCUGUAGCCACCACCGCCAAACAAGAUUUUCAAGCACACUUGAUAUCAUCUGCGUUAUGAUGUGAAAUUGUCCUUUUUUUUCUAAUAAAAUCUAAGAAAAAAGUUUAUUUGAAAAAAAUAUUUUUAUGUAUUUUCACAAAAUAGCUUUUAAAUAAAUUGCUUACAUACUGGUUGGAUAUAAACAUCUUAAUGUGUGAAUAUAUUGAAAGAAAAAAUACUAAACAGCUUCUAGUUCCAUAUUCUUAAAGCCAAAUACAUCGCAUAUGGGGGUGAGAUGUGGAAAUCAUGUAAUUAAUUCUUAUUCUAAACUUUCCUGUAUAUUUUAUUCUUUAACAUUUGGUGUUGAUAUGAAAUAUCUGUCAAUGCUUGACAUUUGGAAUCAAUUCUUCUAUGUCCUUAGAGUUGGUGGCAGCCAUUUUUGUUUUACACUUUCGUCCCUUUGUUUGCUGUUUGUAUUUUAUCCUGAUGACGACCAGGGUUGUUGUUCAACUUUCAAGAGGAAAUUAAUCUGUUUACACACCAUGAAUGCGAGAGGAAAAAACAGUAUGAUAUGCUUUUAUCACAUCACAUUUUGAAGUUGCAUCAAAAGAGGCAUCAACAUGAUUUAUGUGGUGUUUUAAAAUGCCAAAUAAGAGUGCCAAAUUCUAGUGCCAGUACAUAUGAAUAUAGUCUUAAUAUAAUCUCUCACUGUCAUUUCAGUGAAUGUAAAUGAUACAUUCUGUAAGUUUUGUAACUAGAUGUACAGUUGGUGGAAA